AUGGCACUGCAUUGGCCGCCGUUGCUACCUUGCUACCUACAUCGUGUACCCGUUCUCCAGACCCAUAAGGCAGCCAGCGUCGAGUGUCUCUCUCAAGCCACCACGCCGCCGAGGUCAUGGUCGCAGAAGAAGCCUUCCGCGCUUACAUCGGAGUGCAGAUACCUCGAUUCAGGGCGUACAUCCUGA